AGCGUUGAGUCAAUUAUAAUUUAUAAGUGAAUACAAAUAUAAACAUAUUGAAUUCUUAUGUUUUGAUUUCUUGGUUUUCAUCAUGAGUGUCAACCCAAUUUCAAUGAAAGACAUUGAUGAAAAGGAACAGGAAUUUCGUAUCAACUGCCAGAAUGAUCAUGAAAGCACUAAUCCAAGGGAGAAGCUAUUAAUAAUAUUAGCAUUCAUCUUUCUGGUUUUAGUGCUUAGUUUACUUUCUGCUAUCGUUAUAAGCAUUGCAGUAGAAAAUCUAUUACCAAAAUCAGAAAUAUGCAAGACUAAGCAUUGCGUAAUGAGAGCUGGUAAUAUUCUCGAGAACUUGAAUGGAGAUGUUGAACCUUGCGACGAUUUCUACACUUAUUCGUGUGGAGGUUGGAAGAAUAAAAACUUAAUGUCGCUUCCAAAUAGAAGUAUAUUAAGUGAAAUUCAGUUUGAUAUUCUCCGAAUUAUGUAUAGUAUUAUUAAGAACAUAAAAGAAGACAACUUACCUAUUGAAAAAAAAGUAGCCGAGAUUACGAACAGUUGUAUAAAUCAUCACAAAACACAAAAGGAUACUUUAAAAGCUUCUUAUACGAAAAUGUUUAAAGAAUUCGGGGGUUUUCCUCUAAUAACUGUAACAGAAGACAAAGCUUCGACAACAGGAGAAAAAAUAGCUAAUUUAUAUCGUUUAUUUGGAAUGCAACCAAUUCUACAAAUUGAAGUUUCGCCUAAUUAUAAAAAUAACAAAGAAAACAUUUUAGUCAUAACUCCUCCCUCUAAAGCCUUAUUCGAGGAUAUAGAGGACGAUAUUAAGUUUACGCAAAAGUUUCUUGAGGAAGUAUUUGAGAAAAACCAAUUACAGUUUGAUGACGUUAAAGCUUUAAAUAACAAGAUUAAGGAAAAACUAGUCGAUGGUCCUGGAGAUAGUGAAGCGUUAUUCUUAAGCAAUGAAACAAUCAAAUAUCAGGAAUUUUUCCCACCAGACAAAUUGGAAAAAUUUAUCUAUACGCUACUCAGUGAGGAACCAGAAAUACAUACAGAAAACCCAGUUAUAGUGGUAACUGAAUCUACAGAGGCAUCUACAGAGGCAUCUACAGAGGCAUCGUCAGCCACAGAGGCCACACCGGUACCGGUUCAGCCAUCUAGUAAAUCUGAUGAAGAAGAAAAAGAAGAAGGAGAAGGGGGAAAAAAGAAGAAAUUAACAGUCAGGAGAAGGAGAGACACGUCAAGCAACGAUAAAAAUAAACCUAUAAUAAAAAUAUUAAUAAAAGAUCCUAAUAUAGUCAAAAAUAUAUUGGGUGUUCUUAAAGACGAAAACGAUGAAACGAUAAGUGACUUUUUAUCGGUUCAAUUUUUGAAAAGAAUUGAAAAUAAUAUUAUUUACACAUCCGGAAAAACCAUUAAAAAAGAUCUAUCGAAAGAUUUUGAAGAUGAAACAGUAAUUAGAUGUCUUCUUGAUAUAUCUGAAUAUUUAAAUUAUGCUUUUGGUUAUAUGUACAAAAGCCAUGUAAAUAUACCGGUAGAUGAGGCAAAACAUAUUGUUGAAUCCGUUAGAGAAGCAAUGAAAAGUUUUAUUCCAAACUAUGAUUGGUUAGAUGAUAACACUAAAGAAGUAGUUGCAAAUAAAUUAAAAGAAAUGCAGUACUUUGUUGGUUAUCCAUCAUGGUUAGAUGAAAAUGGCGUUACAAAAUAUUAUGAAGGUUUUGUAUUUAGUUAUCUGAAUUUUGGAUCUCUUGGAACGGUUAUAGGACACGAAAUAACUCAUGGUUUUGAUACGAAUGGAAGAAGAAGAGACAAGGUCGGAAAUGUACCAAGUCAUGAAAUUUGGUCUGAAGAUUCAAUACAACAAUAUGAAAAUAAAGCAGAGUGUUUUCGACAGCAGUAUGAUGGUUACUCAAAAGAUUCUAUAAAGGUGAAUGGAACUACAACUUUAGCAGAAAAUAUCGCCGAUAAUGGAGCUAUUAGAGAAGCAUUAAAGGGUUAUAGAUACUGGCUUGAAAAUCAUCGUGAAGAUAAAAAAGAAGCAUCGUUAGUUGCAUUAGACCACUUUACUCACGAGCAAUUAUUUUUUAUUUCUUAUGCACAGAGUUGGUGUCAUACUGCUACAAAAAGAUAUCUAAAGGAAAUAGAAGAAGAUGAACACACUAUUAAUCAGUUUAGAGUUAUAGGCACGUUAUCUAACUCUGAAGACUUUUCUGAAGCAUUUCGCUGCACUGAUAAAAACAAGAUGAUCCGUUUGGAUAAAUGUAAACUAUGGUAAUAUUUAUUAAUUUAUUUGCUGUGUUUUCAAAAUUAAUAUGCAUAUCUUAAAUAUAAAAAUGAUCUGAUAUACAGAUUAACUUGUUACUCUCAUCUAUGCUAUAGAAUAGAUGAUAUUGUAACUUCUGCACCUUUCGUUAUUUAAAAAAAGAAUUAUGUAGCAAU